AUGUUGGACUCAGAAGAGUGCACUUUGUACCUGGAUAACCUGUUCUUUGAGAGGCCAGUUGUCCACAAAGUGUGAGUUGUCAGAAACAACCUGCAUCCCACAGUCAUGCCCUCCUAAAUGUAUAUUUAGCUAGGAACUGGGCUCUUGCUAUGGAGAAUGCUUGCUCAACCCUUUUCCUGCCUUGGUCCUGUCUCCAGAAAGCCACUUUGUCAAGAGCAGAGUUCUUGGCAGUUGGAACCCCCUCCAUCCCUAUCCCAGAUUCCAGCCACUCAGGACAUCCAGAAAGAGGCAGAGGGUCUUUCAUCAUUCAGUAAGUUACAUUUGAUGUGAUUCAAUCAUUUUAGUCAAUUCAGUCAAUACUGUAAGGGCCUGGGCCAGAUUCCCGGAGCCAGAUUAAGCAUAGUCCUGGACUAAAAUGCACUGUCAAUGAAAAUUCUCCAGUGAGAAUGAUUGUUUUGUUUAAGACUAGGCUUAAUCUGGGUCUGAGAAACCGUCCCUAAGAGUCAGGAUUUAGUUUGAAGUCAUGUCCCUCCCUGUCAAUCAUUACAUCAUCAUGUCUUCUAUCAUCUCCAAUGCAGGUUUCUCUCAGAAGUCCAAGAAAUUCAUUCCCCCUUUGAAAAGAGCAGUCGGCAAUGAUGGUUUCACACCAAAGAACACAGAUUUUCAGAUUACCAGUGAUGGAGAAAAAGAACCAGAGGGCCAGGGCGGGUGUGCCCUCUGGUCUCAGGAAGACUUCAUGAAUAAUUCCCAGGAUUCCACAAUGGUCAGCAGAGGUCGAACUGAAACCCCACAGGAGUCUGGUCAUGCGCUGGAGCAGAGACAUUUCCCUCUGGACUUCAGCCAAAGCCCACCUGUACGGAGAGGGUAAGCCAUUCAAAUAAAGCUAAUGAGUGUGUAUACUGUGCAUUCAGAAUACAUAGUAAAUGUCAGUUGCUGUCUUUUUUCUCCAAUCAUGUGACUUAUACAGAUACUAUUGUUUUGGAAUGUAAUGAGUGUAAAAAAAAUCCCUUUAUCGUAUAUUUGGCAAAGCCCCUCUAAAAUGUGAUCUUCUUUAUCAAAGAUAUGGCUGUACUAGUUACAUCAUGAUAUGUGGGAUAUUACUGCAAGCACUUAUGAUCUAUCUGCCCGUUAGUUAAAUAAUCUCUUUCUUGUUACAGUUUGUUCAAACCUCUCAUUGGUCAGGUGCUGAACAGUGGCGCAGACUUGAACAGCCGCUGCAGCCAGGCAAGACCCAGAGCACAGCAAACUUUCAACCGGGUUUCCAUGGCGACAGAGCCUCGGCUGGCGAGCCAGUCAGCAGCAGGCCCCAGCUCCCUCAGCGGUCUGGGUCCGGCUGCAGCCCGGGGACCCCCACCGCAGACACAGGACAAGGGCACCAAGAGGGCUAACAUCCUCCCCAUGACACCCCGGCCCCUUCACAUACAAGGUAGUACCGCACAGACAGAACCCAACAUGAUGUCUGUAUAUAUAUAUCUCAUAUACAUAUAUAAAUCAUAUACAUAUUGCUAUGAUGAGGUGUUGUAGCUGAAGAAUGUACUCAGAUUUAAUGGUCAUGGCAGCAGCUGUCACUGUUCGUUAGGGCUUGAUGUGGUGAAACAAGGUGAGCACUACCCAAUGCCCUCUUGGCUGUAAUGCAGACAAUUACCACUAGGGGGUGGCCAAUAUCUCCCAUUUUGACUGGAAUUGGUUUGGAUAUUGAAAUAUAAACACAUUUAUACAGAUUUUUUUUUCUUCAUAUCAGGUACUUCUGGGCCUGGGAUACUCCGACCAGUCUCUGAAAUCCGUAUCCUUUCUCACCCUUAUCACAAGUAAUUACUGCUGAAAUACAUUCAACUUUAAUUUAACGAAGUUAACAAAUCAAUUUUAGUUAGAAAAUGUUUGUAUCCUUAAUCAAAGUAUCACAGAUGCAAAAUUCAGAUCUGUCUUCAAAGAGUUCCCUUACUUCAACUACGUCCAGUCCAAAGCCCUGGAUGAUGUAAGUGUAGGCAUCUAGACUUUAUUAAAUCUUCAACCUUAUCAUCAAAACAAAAUCCGUGGCCGAUUUCUUGGAACAAAAUGCUUUUUUGCAGGUUCUUUACACGGGAAAGAACGUUGUGGCUUGUGCUCCUACUGGCUCUGGUAAGACAGUGCUCUUUGAGUUGGCCAUCAUCCGCCUACUGAUGGAAACCACAGAGCCCUGGAGAAACGUCAAAGCUGUGUAUAGUAAGUAAUGUCACAUCAAAACCACUAGUUUCUUAGUAUCCCUUUAAAAAGCAAUAGGUAAAAUGUACUAAGACAUCAACAGCCAAUCUAAAACAUCAAGAGCCAGUUAAAGCUACAGUAUGGGUUAAGCUAGCUAACAUAGUGUUCAAAAUGUAUAUGUUGUAUUUUUUAUUAAAUGAAAACUUUGCAUUAAUUUUCAUUAAUGUUGUUCUCUUCAGUGGCCCCCAUCAAAGCUCUAUGCAGCCAGCGCUUUGAGGACUGGAAGAAGAAAUUUGAGCCUCUGGGCCUGAGCUGCAAGGAGCUGACCGGAGACACAGAGAUCGACGACUUCUUUGAGAUUCAGGACGCCCAUAUCAUCAUGACCACACCUGUACGUGAAAAAUGUAUCCCAGUGUACAUGUCGCAUUAAAGCACGUCACUAGCAGUCAUUUUGUUUGUGUGUAAUAUGUAGCGGAAUGAGGUGGCUGAUCCUGUGACCAUAGCAACCAUCCAUUGAAGAACAAGCAGUCAGGAUUCCCAUGUUUCUCAUGCAAACAGGGCUUGGGUAUACAAGAAUAGAUACAUUUUUGUUUUUUAGGGCUCAUGGAUGGAUGGAUACAUUGUGUUGUAUCAAGAUAAUUCAUUAGAAGAUUCAUUAAAAAAAAACUUAAUUUAACACUUCAUUAACCCGUUCUCGAUAAAGCUCAGACACAUUUCUUUGUUCCUCCCAGGAAAAAUGGGACAGCAUGACCAGGAAGUGGAGGGAUAACUGCCUGCUGCAGUUGGUCCGGCUUUUCCUUAUUGACGAGGUCAGUGGAUAUGCCUAAGUACUUAAUGUUCUGUUAAAAAUUCCCUCAGGUAUCACUGCAACCAUAGACUUGGCCAAAUAACACUCUGAAACAGCUUGGACAGACUGAAACUUUCUUGCACAGAUUGUAAUCGAUUGUUUCUUGAUUUGUCAUUGAACUUAGUAGUGCAUAUCUGUCUAGUAUUAUGUUAUGUGUUUUAUUGACAACUAAAUAUACUCCAUCUUGGCUCUUUCUAGGUGCACGUGGUGAAGGACACUACGCGUGGAGCGACACUAGAGGUGGUGGUGAGCAGGAUGAAGGCGGUCCAUGCCUACCGUGCAGCAGAGAACCCCCAGGAGGACCUCUCCAUGAGAUUUGUGGCCGUCUCCGCCACCAUUCCAAAUGUCAAGGAUGUAAGUGGCUGAGGGGCCAAGAGGGGUGAUAGCACACUUUGGCCAUAUUCUAAUACUCUAAAGAGGCUUCCUUCACUAUAGUCCUUCUUUCCCUUUCUGAUACAUGCAUCUCCAUCAGUGGAGGCUGCUGAGGGGAGGACGGCUCAUAGCAACGGCUGGAAUGGAGUCAAUGGAAUGUUUUUUUUUUUUACAGCUGUUCUUUAAUUAUUUGCUAUUUUUAUUUUUUACUUAUCUAUUUUUUACUUUAACACUUUUUUUUUUUUUAAUUCUUAAAACUGCAUUGUUGGUUAAGGGCUUGUAAGUAAGCAUUUCACUGUAAUGUCUACACCUGUUGUAUUCGGCACAUGUGGCAAAUAAAAUUUGAUUGAUUGAUCAACCACAUGUUUGACACCAUUCCAUUCCAGCCAUUAUUAUGAGCCGUCCUCUCCUCAGCCUCCACUGAUCUCCAUAUCUUGUUAUGUUGUUCUUAUCUCCUUCAGAAAGAGUAGGGGAAUAGGAAAUAGGGAAGGAGAGGAGGAGGCUGCUUGGAAGUAUUGAUAUUUACCGAUUAUCAUUAAACAGAGCAUUUAUUUGAAGAAAUUCCCUCUCCUCACUGUGUUCAAUGGUUUGACAUGGCAGAUAGCAGACUGGCUGUGUGACAACAGAGGCCCUGCUACUUGUCUGGAGAUGGAUGAGAGUCACAGACCUGUGAAACUGAGGAAAGUAGUGCUGGGUUUCCCCUGCAGCAGCAACCAGACUGAGUUCAAGUUCGACCUGUCACUCAACUACAAGAUGGCCAACAUCAUCCAGACCUACUCGGACCAGAAACCAACCCUUGUUGUGAGGAACUCUCUUUGUGUCUCUGAAAUGUAGACAUGACCAGCACCAUAUUUGUACGUUUCAGUAAGUAUUGCCAUUGUUAAUAGCUCACACAUGGGAUUUCUUUCAAAACAGUUUUGCUCAACAAGGAAAGGAGUCCAGCAGUCAGCCACUGUUCUGGCCAAGGAUGCCAGGUUCAUCAUGAGGCUUGAGCACAAACAAAGGUUUGAGCUACUUCCCUUUUCAUUCUCUACAGAUGUACAGGUACUCAAUACAAAUGUCUUCCUGUUUAGUUAGAUCUGAUUGAAUCGUUGGAAUCCUCUGUUUGCAGGUUGAUGAAGUAUGCAAACUCUCUUCUGGACUCAAAACUCAAAGGUCGGUGGAUAAUUUAGAAUAAUUUAUAUUCCUUCUCUUCUGUAUCAUGUAGGCAAACAUUUCUCAUUGAUUUUAAAUAUAACUAUUAUUGCAUUAGAAUGUGGAAUCACUAGCCCAGUGAUUUCUCUAUUCCAGACCUGGUGACGUUUGGGGUUGGUUUCCACCACGCCGGGGUUGACGUGUCAGACAGGAAGGUGAUCGAGGAGGCCUUCACCAUGGGAGACCUGCCUGUACUGUGUAAGCAUUAUGGCCUUCAGCAUGGGAGACCUGCCUGUACUGUCUAAAGGCUCUCACACAUCGCAACAAAUGUGGAUCUAGCGUUCGUCUGUCCAUCGUUCAGCGCAAUGUGUUUUAGGGACCACGCGCUGUAGACGUCUGACUGACGAUUCUACAUGUAAAAUCGGUUUGUAAAUUAAGUUCAGAGGUGCUAAGUACUCUCGGCCAGCAAAUGCUAUUGGGGUGUCUGAGCCCUAAAGGCGUCCGCAUGCUUCCUAGCCGAAACAGUUCGUGCAUAUACAGUACCAGUCAAAAGUUUGGACAAACCUACUCAAUCCAGGGUUUUUCUUUCUUUGUACUAUUUUCUACAUUGUAGAAUAAUAGUGAAGACAUAAAAACUAUGAAACAACACAUAUGGAAUCAUGUAGUAACCAAAAAAGUGUAAAACAAAUCAAAAUAUAUUUUAUAUUUGAGAUUCUUCAAAGUAGCAACCCUUUGCCUUGAUGACAGCUUUCCACACUCUUGGCAUUCUCUCAACCAGCUUCAUGAGGUAGUCACCUGGAAUGCAUUUCAAUUAACAGGUGUGUCUUGUUAAAAGUUAAUUUGUGGAAUUUCUUUCCUGCAUUUGAGCCAAUCAGUUGUGUUGUGACAAGGUACGGGUGGUAUACAGAAGAUAGCCCUAUUUGAUAAAAUACCAAGUCCAUAUUAUGGUAAGAACUGCUCAAAUAAGCAAAGAGAAACGACAGUCCAUCAUUACUUGAAGACAUGAAGGUCAGUCAAUCCAGAAAAUGUCAAGAACUUUGAAUGUUUCUUCAAGUGCAGUCACAAAAACCAUCAAGUGCUAUGAUGAAACUGGCUCUCAUGAGGACCGCCACAGAAAAGGAAGACCCAGAGUUACCACUGCUGUAGAGGAUAAGUUCAUUAGAGUUACCAGCCUCAGAUUGCAGCCCAAAUAAACUCUUCACAGAGUUCAAGUAACAGACACAUCUCAACAUCAACUGUUCAGAGGAGACUGCGUGAAUCAGGCCUUCAUGGUCGAAUUGCUGCAAAGAAACCACUACUAAAGGACACCAAUAAGAAGAAGAGACUUGCUUGGGCCAAGAAACACGAGCAAUGGACAUUAGACCGGUGGAAAUCUGUCCUUUGGUCUGAGGAGUCCAAAUUUGAGAUUUUUGGUUCCAACCGCCGUGUCUUUGUGAGACGCAGACUAGGUGAACGGAUGAUCGCUGCAUGUGUGGUUCCCAUCGUGAAGCAUGGAGGAGGUGGUGUGGAGGUGCUUUGCUGGUGACACUGUCUGUGAUUUAUUUAGAAUUCAAGGCACACUUAACCAGCAUGGCUACCACAGCAUUCUGCAGCGAUACGCCAUCCCAUCCGGUUUGCGCUUAGUGGGACUAUCAUUUGUUUUUCAACAGUACAAUGACCCAACGCACCUCCAGGCUGUGUAAGGGCUAUUUGACCAAGAAGGAGAGUGAUGGAGUGCUGCAUCAGAUGACCUGGCCUCCAAAAUCACCCGACCUCAACCCAAUUGAGAUGGUUUGGGAUGAGUUGGACCGCAGAGUGAAGGAAAAGCAGCCAACAAGUGCUCAGCAUAUGUGGGAACUCCUUCAAGACUGUUGGUAAAGCAUUCCUCAUGAAGCUGAUUGAGAGAAUGCCAAGAGUGUGCAAAGCUGUCAUCAAGGCAAAGGGUGGCUACUUUGAAGAAUCUCAAAUAUAACAUAUAUUUUGAUUUGUUUUACACUUUUUUGGUUACUACAUGAUUCCAUAUGUGUUAUUUCAUCGUUUUGAUGUCUUCACUAUUAUUCUACAAUGUAGAAAAUAGUAGAAAUAAAGAAAAACCCUUGAAUGAGUAGAUGUGUCCAAACUUUUGACUGGUACUGUAUUAUGACGAAAUUUUGUGACGAUUUGUUCGUUUUGGACUUCGGCAAGGUUUUUUUCAGCUGUUCAGGCACACAAAAAUGUUUCUCAAGGCAAGCCGAGGUCGGUAGCUGAAGUCUACGCCCCCUCGUCGGCAAUUGGUCAACAAUUAAAUGUCUGUUGUCAUUCAACAAGAGACGACUCGUCCUCAUGCUAAUUUUUUCACUUGAGCAAUACUGCACCAAACAUCCUAGAUAGAUGCAAAAUUGCGUGACUAUCUUAGGUUACCUUUUGAAUAUUUUUAGAAAAUUAAAAUUAAAAGAUUAAUGUUAACUGCUUCAAUCCACCCUUUAUCGAUUCCCGCUAUAUAAAUCUACUCAUUGUUUUUUGUGUCUGUAUACUGCAAUUCAGAUUUUAGCUGUGAAUGUGUACAAGGUCAAAUAAACCUUUAGCUUUUAGCUGUGAAUGUGUGCAAGAUCAAAUAAAUCUUACUAUACUGUAUAUUGUAUUAUUUUACCCUUGGCUGUGGAACUUGGCUGUAGUCAAUUCACCAUUUAAAAAAAAGAAACACUAAAUGUCUUUAUACAGUGUUAAAUUAUCAAUGUUGAACUUUGGGGAAAUGUACAGUGCCUUCAGACAGUAUUCAUACCCCUUGACUUAUUCCACAUUUUGUUGUUACAGCCUGAAUUCAAAAUGGAUGAAAUCAUUUUUUUUCUCUCACCAAUCUACACACAAUUCCCCAUAAUGACAAAGUGAAAACAAGUUUUUAGAAAUGUUUGCAAAUGUAUUGAAAGUGAAAUACAUAAAUAUCUCAUUUGCAUAAGUAUUCACACUAGUGGUGCACAGGUCAGCUGUUUGUACACCUGCACCGCCUGCAAUUGCUAAUGACCCAUCCACAACCGCCCGACCCCUACAUCACCAAAGGUAUGUUGACACCUGCUCGUCGAACAACUAAUUCCAAAAUCAUGGGCAUUAAUAUGGAGUAGGUCCCCCCUUUGCUGCUAUAAAAGCCUCUACUCUUCUGGGAAGGCGUUCCACUAGAUGUUGGAACAUUGCUGUGGGGACUUGCUUCCAUUCAGCCACAAGCAUUAGUGAGGUCGGGCACUGAUGUUGGGCGAUUAGGCCUGGCCCACUCCAACACUCAGACAUCAUUUACAAAUUAUGCAUUUGUGUUUAGUGAGUCCGCCAGAUCAGAGGCAGUAGGGAUAACCACGUGUUCUCUUGAUAAGUUAGUGAAUUGGACCAUUUUCCUGUCCUGCUAAGCAUUCAAAAUGUAACGAGUACUUUUGGGUGUCAGGGAAAAAGUAAAAAGUACAUUAUUUUCUGUAGGAAUGUAGUAAAGUAAAAGUUGUCAAAAAAAUGAAUAGUAAUGUACAGAUACCCCAAAAAACUACUUAAGUAGUACUUUGAAGUAUUUUUACUUAAGUACUUUACACCACUGCACAUAACAUAGCCGGCACUGCUAUAAUCCUCUUUUACCACUUCACCAAAUCUUUUCCAAACAUGACUUUUCUGGCCCUCCCUUCUCUUUAUUUUCAACUCUCCUUUCGCAGCUUUUGUCUUAUUGAAUUCAACUUCGACAAUGUCGUUUUUGCCUCUGUGGAUUGAUGUUAACUUUUUCUGUCCGUUCCCAAAAGCAUUAUUUGGCGCGUGUACAGUUAAGCUCUAAGGUUUAGGCUUAUGCACUAAUACCAGAUAGCCUAAAAUAAUGAAAGACAAACCUCGGUGUUGCCUAUAUAAAUUGCACAAGAAUUAUAGAUUUUUCAAGGUAUUGUUUAUUUUUAUUGAACCUGCCUGGCACCCACCCGCCCUUCAGCAAUAUUGAAUGACCCUAAACCCAUCCACACCUCAGGGACUGCAGGUUAUGAGUCAACCCGCGCAUCACUAAAAGGCACCCUUUUGCUAUGAUACUCCAAAUUAACUCAGGAGAUGUCACUACAACUUGAUUGGAGUCCACCUGUGGCCAAUUCAAUUGUUUGGAUAUGGUUUAGAAAGAAACACACACCUGUCUAUAUUUUUACAUUUUAGUCAUUUAGCAGACGGUCUUAUCCACAGCAACUUACAGUUAGUGAGUGCAUACAUUUUCAUAUUUUUCCUGUACUGGUCCACCAUGGGAAUCGAACCCACAACCCUGGCGUUGCAAGCACCAUGCUCUACCAACUGAGCCACACGGGACCCAUAGGUGAUAGUGCAUGUCAGAGAAGAAACUAUACCAUGAAGUCCAAGGAACUGUCCAUAGAUCUCAGCUAUAUAAUUGUGAUGAGGCAUAUAUCUGUGGAAGGGUAUACAGUGCCUUGCAAAAGUAUUCCCCCUUGGCGUUUUUCCUAUUUUGUUGCAUUACAACCUGUAAUUUAAAUGGAUUUUUAUUUGGAUUUCAUGUAAUGGACAUACACAAAAUAGUCCAAAUUGGUGAAGUUAAAUGAAAAAAAUAACUUGUUUCAAAAAAUUCUAAAAAAUAAAUAACGGUAAAGUGGGGCGUGCAUAUGUAUUCACUUUGCUAUGAAGCCCCUAUAUAAGAUCUGUUGCAACCAAUUACCUUCAGAAGUUACAUAAUUAGUUAAAUAAAGUCCACCUGUGUGCAAUCUAAGUGUCACAUGAUCUCAGUAAAUAUACACCUGUUCUGAAAGGCCCCAGAGUCUGCAACACCACUAAGCAAGGGGCACCACAUUUUAGUCAUUUAGCAGACGCUCUUAUCCAGAGCAACUUAGUUAGUGAGUGCAUACAUUUUCAUACUGGCCCCCCGUGGGAAUCGAACCCACAACCCUGGCGUUGCAUUCGCCAUGCUCUACCAACUGAGCUACACGGCACCAUGAAGACCAAGGAGCUCUCCAAACAGGUCAGAGACAAAGUUGUGGAGAAGUACAGAUCAGGGUUGGGUUAUAAAAAAAUAUCAAAAACUUUGAACAUCCCACGGAGCACCAUUUAAAUCCAUUAUUAAAAAAUGUAAAGAAUAUGGCACCACAACAAACCUGCCAAGAGAGGGCCGCCCACCAAAACUCACGGACCAGGCAAGGAGGGCAUUAAUCAGAGAGGCAACAAAGAGACCACAGAUAACCCUGAAGGAGCUGCAAAGCUCCACAGCGGAGAUUGGAGUAUCUGUCCAUAGGACCACUUUAAGCCGUACACUCCACAGAGCUGGGCUUUAUGGAAGAGUGGCCAGAAAAAAGACAUUGCUUAAAGAAAAAAAUAAGCAAACACGUUUGGUGUUCACCAAAAGGCAUGUGGGAGACUCCCCAAACAUAUGGAAGAAGGUAGUCUGGUCAGAUGAGACUAAAAUUUAGCUUUUUGGCCAUCAAGGAAAACGUUAUGUCUGACGCAAACCCAACACCUCUCAUCACCCCGAGAACACCAUCCACACAGUGAAGCAUGGUGGUGGCAGCAUCAUGCUAUGGGGAUGCUUUUCAGCAGCAGGGACUGGGAGACUGGUAAGGAUCGAGGGAACAAUGAAUGGAGCCAAAUACAGGGAACUCCUUGAUGAGAACCUGCUUCAGAGUGCAAACGACCUUGGACUGGGGCGAAGAUUUACGUUCCAACAGGACAAUGACCCCAAGCCAAAGCAACCCUGGAAUGGCUUCAGAACAAGAAUGUGAAAGUCCUUGAGUGGCCCAGACUUGAAUCCCAUUGAAAAUCUGUGCAAAGACUUGAAGAUUGCUGUUCACUGCCAAUCCCCAUCUAAUUUAACAGAGCUUGAGAAAAUCUGGAAGAAUGUGCAAAGCUGACACAGACAUACCCAAAGGUAUCGCCGGCAAAGGUGCUUCUACAAAGUAUUGACUCGGGGGUGUGAAUACUUAUGUAAAUUAGAUAUUUAUGUAUUUCAUUUUAAAUACAUUUGCCAAAAAAAUCAAUAAAUAAUGUUUUCACUUGUCAUUAUGGGGUAUUGUGUAUAGAUGGGUGAGUGGGAAAAAUAUCAAUUUAAUUCAUUUUGAAUUCAGGCUGUCAAGGGGUAUGAAUACUUUCUGAAGGCACUGUAUGUGGUUUUCUUAGUUACAACCAGUACUCUGGCGAUGGGGGUGAACCUGCCAGCCCACCUGGUGGUGAUCAAGUCCACCAUGCACUACAUCGGGGGCGCCUGCAAGGAGUACAGCGACGCCGACAUGCUGCAGAUGAUUGGCCGAGCAGGCCGGCCACAGGUACGGAUUACAGACAUGCCCUCUAGUCCCAGCAUGCUUAGCACCACAGGGUACAAAUCCUAGUCCAAAACCAGCUCCUAUCCAGCGGGCAAAACUAGUUGAAAUGAGAUAAUUACAACCAGUGUUCUAUUCAUUAUGACAUCAUUUCUACUAGUUUUGCCUGAUUUGUAGCCAGUGCCCAUUCUGUAUUUUCAUAUCUGAAUGCAUUGGAUAAGAAAAUGAGCCAUAGUUUUUGCAAAAGUAUUCAGACCCCUUUCUUCACAUUUUGUGUUACAAAGUGGGAUUAAAAUCGAUUUAAUUGUCAUUUUCUGUCAACAAUCUACACAAAAUACACUAAUGUCAAAGUGGAAUAAACAUUUGAACAUUUUUGAAAUAUUAAUAAAAAAUGUAUAACUACAAUAUAGCCGUUGCAUAAGUAUUCAGCUUCCUGAGUCAAUACACGUUAGAAACACCUUUGGCAUCGAUUACAGCUGUGAGUCUUCUUGGGUAAGUCUAUAAGAGCUUUGCACACCUGGAUUGUGCAAUAUUUGCCCAUUAUUCUUUUCAAAAUCCUUCAAGCUCUGUCAAAACUAACUUGGCCACUCAGGAACAUUCACUGUCUUCUUGGUAAGCAACUCCAGUGUAGAUUUGGCCUUAUGUUGUAAGUUAUUGUCCUGCUGAAAGGUGAAUUCCUCUCCCAGUUUCUGGUGUAAAGCAGACUGAAGCAGGUUUUCCUAGAGGAUUUUGCCUGUGCAUAGCUCCAUCCUGUUUAUUUUUAUUCUGAAAAACUCCCCAGUAUUUGCCGAUGUCAAGUAUACCCAUACCAUGAUGCAGCCACUACCAUGCUCGAAAAUAAGGGGGCAGUUACUCAGUGAUGUGUUGUGUUGGAUUUGCCCCAAACAUAAGGCUCUGCAUUUAGACCAAAAAGUGUAUUGCUUUGCAGAUUUUUUGCAGGAUUACUUUAGUGACUUGUUGCAUACAAGAUGCAGGUUUUGGAAUAUUCUGUAUAUUUGUAUUCUUCUUUUCACUCUGUCAUUUAGGUCAUUAUUGUGGAGUCACUACAAUGUUGUUGAUCCAUCAUCAUUUGAACUCACUAGAUGUUUUAAAAUCACUAAUGGCCUCAUUGUAACAUCCCUGAGCAGUUUCAUUCCUGUCCUGCAGCUCAGUUCAGAAAGACGACUGUAUCUUUGAUGUGUCUUGGUGGUUUAAUAUAUAAUCCACAGCAUAAUUAUUAACUUGACCAUGCUUAAACAGAUAUUCAAUGUCUGAUUUGUUAUUGUUACCCAUCUACCAAUCACUGCCCUUCUUUAUAAGGCUUUCGAAAAGCUCCCUGGUCUUUGUAUAUUUAAUCUGUGCUUGAAAUUCAAUACUUGACUGAGGGACCUUACAGAUGUAUGUAUGGGGAACAGAGGAAGGGGUGGUCAUUAAAAAAUCAUGUCAACCCCUAUUAUUUCACACAGAGUGAGUCCAUGUAACUUAUUAUGUGAUUUGUUGAGCCAAAUGUUACUCCUGAACUAAUUUAGGCUUGCCUAACCAAAGGGGCUGAACACUUAAGCAGCGACUAUAUUUUAGUUAUGAAUUUUUUAUUUAUAAAAAUAUAUAUACAGUACCAGUCAAAAGUAUGGACACACCUACUCAUUCAAGGGUUUUUCUUUAUUUUUACUAUUUUCUACAUUGUAGAAUAAUAGUGAAGACAUCACAACUAUGAAAUAACACAUAUGGAAUCAUGUAGUUACCAAUAAAGUGUUAAACAAAUCAAAAUAUAUUUUAUAUUUGAGAUUCUUCAAAGUAGCCACCCUUUGCCUUGAUGACAGCUUUGCACACUCUUGGCAUUAUCUCAACCAGCUUCACCUGGAAUGCUUUUCCAACAGUCUUGAAGGAGUUCCCACAUAUGCUGAGCACUUGUUGGCUGCUUUUCCUUCACUCUGCGGUCCAACUCAUCCCAAACCAUCUCAAUUAGGUUGAGGUCGGGUGAUUGUGGAGGCCAGGUCAUCUGAUCCAUCACUCUCCUUCUUGGUAAAAUAGCCCAUACACAGCCUGGAGGUGCGUUGGGUCAUUGUCCUGUUAAAAAACAAAUGAUAGUCCCACUAAGCGCAAACCAGAUGGGAUGGCGUAUCGCUACAGAAUGCUGAGGUAAUGCUGGUUAAGUGUGCCUUGAAUUCUAAAUAAAUCACAGACAGUGUCACCAGCAAAGCACCAUCACACCUCCUCCUCCAUGCUUCACGGUGGGAACCACACAUACGGCGAUUAUCCGUUUACCUACUCUGCGUCUCACAAAGACACGGUGGUUGGACUCAUCAGACCAAAGGACAGAUUCCCUCUGGUCUAAUGUCCAUUGCUCGUGUUUCUUGGCCCAAGCAAGUCUCUUCUUCUUAUUGGUGUAUUUAGUAGUGGUUUCUUUGCAGCAAUUCGACCAUGAAGGCCUGAUUCACGCAGUCUCCUCUGAACAGUUGAUGUUGAGAUGUGUCUGUUACUUGAACUCUGUGAAGCAUUUAUUUGGGCUGCAAUUUCUGAGGCUGGUAACUCUAAUUAACUUAUCCUCUGCAGCAGAGGUCUUCCUGUCCUGUGGCGGUCCUCAUGAGAGCCAGUUUCAUCAUAGCGCUUGAUGGUUUUUGCAACUGCACUUGAAGAAACUUUCAAAGUUCUUUAAAUUUUCCGGAUUGACUGACCUUCAUGUCUUCAAGUAAUGAUGGACUGUCGUUUCUCUUUGCUUAUUUGAGCUGUUCUUGCCAUAAUAUGGACUUGGUAUUUUACCAAAUAGGGGUAUCUUCUCUAUACCACCCCUACCUUGUCACAACACAACUGAUUGGCUCAAACUUUUAACAAGGCACACCGGUUAAUUGAAAUGCAUUCCAGGUGACUACCUCAUGAAGCUGGUUGAGAGACUGCCAAGAGUGUGCAAAGCAGUCAUCAAGGCAAAGGGUGGCUACUUUGAAGAAUCUCAAAUAUAACAUUUUUUGAUUUGUUUAACACUUUUUUGGUUACUACAUGAUUCCAUAUGUAUUAUUUAAUCGUUUUGAUGUCUUCACUAUUAUUCUACAAUGUAGAAAAUUGUAACAAAAUAAAGAAAAACCCUUGAAUGAGUAGGUGUGUCCAAACUUUUGACUAGUACUGUAUAUAAAUGUUUUCUUCCACAUUGACAUUAGAGUAUUUUGUGUAGAUUGUUGACAAAAAUUACAAUGAAAUUGAUUUUAAUCCCACUUUGUAACACAAUAAAAUGUGAAGAAAUCCAAGGGGUCUGAAUACUUUUGCAAGGCACUGUAUCCAUGGCAGCAGUGUCACUGAAAGUGGACGGUCCAUUUAUUUGAUGUAAGGCUUUGACUUUUAUUUUUUUUCCUCUCCAGUUUGAUACAUCAGCGACCGCAGUGAUCAUGACCAAGACUCACACCAAAGACAAGUACAUGCAGUUCAUGAAUGGGGCAGAAAUCAUUGAGAGCAGGUAUGGUGAUGGGUUACUUCUACAGUGUCAAAGUUCCCCAACACUUGUUUCAGAGUGUAGCUUAUAUGAUUUGAUUUGGUUUUACAUUCAUUUGUAUGAUACAGUACAUUGUGAUGAUGAUUGUUUGACCACAUAGACCGGUACCUUUCUUUAAAUCUCUGUUUGAUUUCAUACACUUUAUGUGAUUCACAUUGAGGUUGAAGUAUUUUUGUCCUCCUCCUCAGCUUGCACACCCACCUUGUGGAGCACCUGAACGCUGAGAUCGUCCUCCACACCAUCUCAGACGUCAACAUGGCCCUGGACUGGAUCCGCUCCACCUUCCUCUACAUCAGAGCCCUGAAGAACCCCAAACACUACGGUAAGUACACACAGACUGGACAUCACCCAGUCAUUAUUAGCAUUAGCCAGCAUUGUUAGCAUGGAUGCUAGUCUAUUUCAGCGCAAGUCAACUUCAUCGUUAGCAUGGAUACUAGUCUAUUUCAGCACAAGUCAGCUAUAUCGUUAGCAUGGAUGCUAGGCUAUUUCAGUAUUAACCAUUUAGAUUGUUAGUAUGGGUGUUUGGCUAUUUCAGCACUAGUCAACUACAUAGUUAGCAUGGAUGCUAGGCUAUUUCAAUAUUAACCAGUUAGAUUGUUAGCAUGGAUGAUAGGCUAUUUCAAUAUUAACCAUUUAGAUUGUUAGCAUGGAUGCUAAGCUUUUUCAGUGUUAACAGUUAGAUUGUUAGCAUGGAUGCUAGCUUAUUACAGUACAGUUAAUAGCAUGUACAGUGGCUUGCGAAAAUAUUCACCCCCAUUGGCAUUUUUCCUAUUUUAGUUGCCUGACAACCUGGAAUUAAAAUGGAUUUUGGGGGGGUUUGUAUCAUUUGAUUUACACAACAUGCCUACCACUUUGAAGAUGCAAAAUAUUUUUUGGGGUGAAACAAACAAGAAAUAAGACCAAAAAAACUGAACUUGAGCGUGCAUAACUAUUCACCCCCCCCCAAAGUCAAUACUUUGUAGAGCCACCUUUUGCAGCAAUUACAGCUGCAAGUCUCUUGGGGUAUCUCUACAAGCUUGGCACAUCUAGCCACUGGGAUUUUUGCCCAUUCUUCAAGGCAAAACUGCUCCAACUCCUUCAAGUUGGAUGGGUUCCGCUUGUGUACAGCAAUCUUUAAGUCAUACCACAGAUUCUCAAUUGGAUUGAGGUCUGGGCUUUGACUAGGCCAUUCCAAGACAUUUAAAUGUUUCCCCUUAAACCACUUGAGUGUUGCUUUAGCAGUAUGCUUAGGCUCAUUGUCCUGCUGGAAGGUGAACCUCCGUCCCAGUCUGAAAUCUCUGGAAGACUGAAACAGGUUUCCCUCAAGAAUUUCCCUGUAUUUAGCGCCAUCCAUCAUUCCUUCAAUUCUGACCAGUCUCCUAGUCCCUGCUGCUGAAAAGCAUCCCCAUAGCAUGAUGCUGCCACCACCAUGCUUCACUGUGGGGAUGGUGUUCUCGGGGUGAUGAGAGGUGUUGGGUUUGCGCCAGACAUAGCGUUUUCUUUGAUGUCCAAAAAGCUCAAUUUUAGUCUCAUCUGACCAGAGUACCUUCUUCCAUAUGUUUGGGGAGUCGCCUUUUGGCAAACACCAUACAUGUUUGCUUAUUUUUUUCUUUAAGCAAUGGCUUUUUUCUGGCAACUCUUCCGUAAAGCCCAGUUCUGUGGAGUGUACGGUUUAAAGUGGUCCUAUAGACAGAUACUCUAAUCUCCGCUGUGGAGCUUUGCAGCUCCUUCAGGGUUAUCUUUGGUCUCUUUGUUGCCUCUCUGAUUAAUGCCCUCCUUGCCUGGUCUGUGAGUUUUGGUGGGCGGCCCUCUCUUGGCAGGUUUGUUGUGGUGCCAUAUUCUUUCCAUUUUUUAAUAGUGGAUUUAAUGGUGCUCCGUGGGGUGUUCAAAGUUUCUGAUAUUUUUUUAUAACCCAACCCUGAUCUGUACUUCUCCACAACUUUGUCCCUGACCUGUUUGGAGAGCUCCUUGGUCUUCAUGGUGCCGCUUGCUUGGUGGUGCCCCUUGCUUAGUGGUGUUGCAAACUCUGGGGCCUUUCAGAACAGGUGUAUAUAUACUGAGAUCAUGUGACAGAUCAUGUGACACUUAGAUUUCACACAGGUGGACAUUAUUUAACUAAUUAUGUGACUUCUGAAGGUAAUUGGUUGCACCAGAUCUUAUUUAGGGGCUUCAUAGCAAAAGGGGUGAAUACAUAUGCACGCACCACUUUUCCGUUAUUUAUUUUUUAGAAUUAUUUGAAACAAGUUAUUUUUUUCAUUUCACUUCACCAAUUUGGACUAUUUUGUGUAUAUCCAUUACAUUAAAUCCAAAUAAAAAUCCAUUUAAAUUACAGGUUGGAAUGCAACAAAAUAGGAAAAACGCCAAGGGGGAUGAAUACUUUUGCAAGGCACUGUACUUAGAAUAUCUCACAACAUUCUUACAACAGUUUCUCAAACGACAUAGAGACAUAAAUGUUAUAGACAUACAUUGGCACAUCAUACAUGAGUAAACAACUGUCCAUACUUUUUAUUGCAGGUUUUUCCACUGACUUGGACCAAUGUGGGAUCGAAGCCAAAUUGCAAGGUGUGGCAUUCCUGUGUUUUCUUUGUUAAUAUGGACUUCAUAUCUGAAAACACAGAAUAUCUCUAUCAUGAUAGCGUUUGUGUAGUAACUAACUGUAUUAUGUCUCUCCAUACUCUCUGCUCCAGAGCUCUGUCUGAAGAACCUGAACUCCCUGGCCUCCAUUGGUCUGGUCUCCAUGGAUGAGGACGUCAACAUCAAAGCUACAGGUUGAGAGAGGCAACCCAUUUUGGGUUUUGCGUGGCUACUAUGGCCUUUUACUGUUUGUUUCAUUAGUAAUCAUCAGAAGUGUACAACAACUAACUAACAAACCCCCGUACAUGUUUGGUGUUAUUCAAUACAGAUGGAUAUCUCCUACAUUUGCUUUCCAGCAUCCCAAAGCCAUUCAACUCAAGUCUGUUCUCUUCUUGACAUGUGUAAUUGUGGACAUCCCCUACAGAGGCAGGCAGGUUGAUGGCCAGGUACUGUGUGGCAUUUGACACAAUGAAGCAGUUCAGCAAGGUGGCUGGCACUGAGACCUUACCUGAGCUGGUAGGUGUACAGUAACACUGUAGCAUCUCUCAUAUGCACUUACACAGUUUUUUAUUGAGUUUCUGUAUUGUGUUGUUUGUGGCGUUUGUGUUGUUUGUUACAUAGGAAAUUAAAAUAGAUGAGUUGAGUAGAUUUUGUAUUGAGAAUCCCACUGAAAUGGAAGCUGUCUCUUCUUCACACAGAUAGAAUUGAUGGCGAAGGGCAGAGAGUUCACUGACGUGCAGCUGAGAGUGAACGAGAAGAGAACCCUGAACACAUUGAACAAGGACAAGAACAGGAUUACCAUCAGGUUAAAGUACAAUCCAUUGAUACAUUGUAAGAAGAGGUGAAGUGACAUGCAAAAAACUGUAAAUGGUCAUAUCUGGGCUUUUUAUCUCCAGGUAUCCCAUGGAGGGAAAGAUCAAAAACAAUGAGAUGAAGGUGAACUGGUAAGUCAAGCAGAGGCCCGUACAGUGUACCAGCAUGAGAAGAUGGAGGAUGACAUUGAUGCCACCAUGUAUUCUCUUUGAGUGAAUCUCAAAUGUCUUUCCUUGAACUUCGGCACUUUUCCUCUAUACUCGUCUUCCACCUCAGCUUGAUUCAGGCCCAGUUUGGCUCCAUUCCAGUCCAAGAGUUUGGACUCACACAAGACACCGGUAGAAUCUUCCGGAAUGGAGUCCGAAUCAGCAGAUGUAAGUCAUCAAUCACUUCACAUUUUGAUAGUAGAAGAUGGUUCGCAGUGAGCCUUGUCUGAUAAGCAAGCUUCCUUUGAAAAAAACACUCUUUGAUCCAAGAUGUGUUUUGAUUCCAAACCAGGUUUGGCAGAGUUUCUAAACCAGCGCUCCAAGACAGGCUUCUCUGCUCUGCUCAACUCCCUGAUACUGGCCAAGUGCUUCAGGGCAAAGCUGUGGGAGAACUCUCCUUACGUCUCAAAGCAGCUGGAGAAAAUAGGUAGAAAACGGUCAAUGAAUACAGAAUGUGUACGCAAAACAUACUGUCAACGCAUGUAGAAAGUUAGUAGUUAAUGGUUGUCCUGCUGUUACUAUGUUCAGAGACCCUUUUUAAGAAAUCCAUUGACCAACUGAUUUAUUCCUAGACAAAUUAAAGUAGUACAGUAGCUGUAACCAUAGAAAUAUAAUGACUCUAUAAUGGUCCCGUGUGGCUCAGUUGGUAAAGCACGGUGCUUGCAAUGCUAGGGUCGUGGGUUUGAUUCCCGCGGGGGACCAGUACGAAAAUGUAUGCACUCACUACCGUAAGUCGCUCUGGAUAAGAGCGUCUUCUAAAUGACAUUUCUUUAUUUCAUUUUUUUGUUUUCACCUUUAUUUAACCAGGUAAACCAGUUGAGAACAAGUUCUCAUUUACAACUGCGACCUGGUCAAGAUAUAGCAAAGCAGUGCGAUAAAAACAACAACACAGAGUUACAUAUGGGGUAAACAAAACAUAUAGUCAAAAAUACAACAGAAAAUGUAUAUACAGUGUGUGCGAAUGUAGUAAGUUAUGGAGGUAAGGCAAUAAAUAAAUAGGCCAUAGUGCAAAAAUAGUUACCAUUUCGUAAUUAACACUGGAAUGAUAGAUGUGCAAAAGAUGAGCAGUUCGUUCCAGUCAUUGGCAGCAGAGAACUGGAAGGAAUGGCGGCCAAAGGAGAUGUUGGCUUUGGGGAUGACCAGUGAGAUAUACCUGCUGGAGCGCAGACUACGGGUGGGUGUUGCUAUGGUGACCAGUGAGCUAAGAUAAGACGGGGAUUUGCCUAGCAGUGAUUUAUAGAUGACCUGGAGCCAGUGGGUUUGACAACGAAUAUAUGUAGUGAGGGCCAGCCAACAAGAGCGUACAGGUCACAACGGUGGGUAGUAUAUGGGGCUUUGGUGACAAAACGGAUGGCACUGUGAUAGACUAUAUCCAAUUUGCUGAGUAGAGUGUUGGAGGCUAUUUUGUAAAUGACAUCGCCGAAGUCAAGGAUCGGUAGGAUAGUCAGUUUUACGAGGGCAUGUUUAGCAGCAUGAGUGAAGGAGGCUUUGUUGCGAAAUAGGAAGCCGAUUCUAGAGCCGAUUUUAAUGUAAUAAUGAGGCUGAUUUAAAAUGAUAAAUGAGACUCUAUUCAUAAUAUAAUGAUAUAUGUCUGUAACGGCACAGAUAAUCUGUUCCAGGGUUGACUCUGUCAGCAGCCAUGGUGAACGCUGGGCUCACCACCUUCAAUAAGAUAGAGCAGACCAACGCCAGGGAGCUGGAGCUGGUGAGCAUACAGCAUCUGUAGAUGACUAUAACAAACAAAGUCAUUCAUUUAAACACCACGUUGUUUCAAAAAUCUCCAUGGUUUAUUGACAUACCCGCUGAAACAAACAUGCACUUCCAUGGCUUUCAAUCAAAUCAGUCUUUCAAAUGUUAUUCAUAAAGCCCCUUUCUACGUCAACAGUCAUCACAAUGUGCUUUCACAUACAAUAAAAUCAAAUAUUUGUUGUCUAGAUCGUCAACAGACAUCCUCCAUUUGGAAACCAAAUCAGAGAGGCUAUCAUCAAUCUGCCUAAGUAUGAAGUUCGUUUGGAGCAGGUAAAAACCAUUGCUUUGGUAGAAUUUUUGUUAGAACGGAAAAAAGGUGAUCAAGAUUAAUCAUUGUAGCAAUAUUUGGUAUCGGGAUGUAACAGAAUAUUUUCCCACACAUAUAUCAUUUAAUAUCACGGCUGCGUAUAUUUCCAUUUCUAACCAAUUAAUACAUCUCCCCAACAACCUUUAAUUUCAUUUUUAUUUAUCACGUUUUAGCUUCCAAGAUACAACGUCGCCACCGCAGAGAUUGUCGUGACUGUGAACGUGAAGAACCAUGAACAGCUGCUGUCAAAGAGAACUGCUCCUGACCACCACUAUGUCACCAUGAUCAUCGGGGACUGUGACAACAACGUGGUCUUCCUGCAAAAACUCACGUAAGACAAGGAGGACUGACAUUUUGAGUAACACACCGACACACGCACAGCCUGAUACAUGCAUAGAGACACACUUUAUCUAAAGCUUGCAGGUAGAGACACCUUGUUAAAAGCGUAUUAUAAGAUGUUUUAAAGGCUCAUACAUGGUUAUAACAAGUUAUAAAGCAUUAUACCUGCAGGCAGGGUUCUCCAACUGGAGGCCCGCGGGUGGUUUUAUUUGGCCCCCCAAGUUUUCGGAGCAAAGAAAUUCUCUAAAAAUAAAAAAAUAAAUAUAUAUAUAUAUAUAUAUAUAUAUAUAUAUAUAUAUAUAUAUAUAUAUAUAUAUAUAUUGCUCAAAAAAAAUUAAGAGAACCCUAAAAUAACACAUCCUAGAUCUGAAUGAAUGAAAUAAUCUUAUUAAAUACUUUUUUCUUUACAUAGUUGAAUGUGCUGACAACAAAAUCACACAAAAAUUAUCAAUGGAAAUCAAAUGUAUCAACCCAUGGAGGUCUGGAUUUGGAGUCACCCUCAAAAUUAAAGUGGAAAACCACACUACAGGCUGAUCCAACUUUGAUGUAAUGUCCUUAAAACAAGUCAAAAUGAGGCUCAGUAGUGUGUGUGGCCUCCACGUGCCUGUAUGACCUCCCUACAACGCCUGGGCAUGCUCCUGAUGAGGUGGUGGAUGGUCUCCUGAGGGAUCUCCUCCCAGACCUGGACUAAAGCAUCCGCCAACUCCUGGACAGUCUGUGGUGCAACGUGGCGUUGGUGGAUGGAGCGAGACAUGAUGUCCCAGAUGUGCUCAAUUGGAUUCAGGUCUGGGGAACGGGCGGCCCAGUCCAUAGCAUCAAUGCCUUCCUCUUGCAGGAACUGCUGAUACACUCCAGCCACAUGAGGUCAAGCAUUGUCUUGCAUUAGGAGGAACCCAGGGCCAACCGCACCAGCAUAUGGUCUCACAAGGGGUCUGAGGAUCUCAUCUCGGGACCUAAUGGCAGUCAGGCUACCUCUGGCGAGCACAUGGAGGGCUGUGCGGACCCCCAAAGAAAUGCCACCCCACACCAUGACUGACCCACCGCAAAACCGGUCAUGCUGGAGGAUGUUGCAGGCAGCAGAACGGCGUCUCCAGACUCUGUCACAUCUGUCACAUGUGCUCAGUGUGAACCUGCUUUCAUCUGUGAAGAGCACAGGGCGCCAGUGGCAAAUUUGCCAAUUUUGGUGUUCUCUGGCAAAUGCCAAACGUCCUGCACGGUGUUGGGCUGUAAGCACAACCCCCACCUGUGGACGUCGGGCCCUCAUACCACCCUCAUGGAGUCUGUUUCUGACCGUUUGAGCAGACACAUGCACAUUUGUGGCCUGCUGGAGGUCAUUUUGCAGGGCUCUGGCAGUGCUCCUCCUGCUCCUCCUUGCACAAAGGCGGAGGUAGCAGUCCUGCUGCUGGGUUGUUGCACUCCUACGGCCUCCUCCACGUCUCCUGAUGUACUGGCCUGUCUCCUGGUAGCGCCUCCAUGCUCUGGACACUACGCUGACAGACACAGCAAACCUUCUUGCCACAGCUCGCAUUGAUGUGCCAUCCUGGAUGAGCUGCACUACCUGAGCCGCUUGUGUGGGUUGUAGACUCCGUCUCAUGCUACCACUAGAGUGAAAGCACCGCCAGCAUUCAAAAGUGACCAAAACAUCAGCCAGGAAGCAUAGGAACUGAGAAGUGGUCUGUGGUCACCACCUGCAAAACCAGUCCUUUAUUGGGGGGUGUCUUGCUAAUUGCCUAUAAUUUCCACCUGUUGUCUAUUCCAUUUGCACAACAGCAUGUGAAAUUUAUUGUCAAUCAGUGUUGCUUCCUAAGUGGACAGUUUGAUUUCACAGAAGUGUGAUUGACUUGGAGUUACAUUGUGUUGUUUAAGUGUUCCCUUUAUUUUUUUGAGCAGUAUAUAUAUAUAUAUAUAUAUAUAUAUAUAUAUAUAUACACACACUCACAUCUGCUCUCAAUGAUUUCUGCCCCAUUCAUGAACUGCAUGUACUUGUCUUUGGUGUGAGUUUCAGUCAUGAUCACUGCGGUCGCUGACGUAUCAAGCUGGAGAGGAAAACAAUUCUGAGUCAAAGCCUUACAUCAAAUCAAUGGACCGUCCACUUUCAGUGACACUGCUGCCAUGGAUACAGUGCCUUGUAAAAGUAUUCAGACCCCUUGGAUUUCUUCACAUUUUAUUGUGUUACAAAGUGGGAUUAAAAUCGAUUUCAUUGUAAUUUUUGUCAACAAUUAAUGUCAAAGUGGAAGAAAACAUUUAUAUACAGUACCAGUCAAAAGUUUGGACACACCUACUCAAUAAAGGGUUUUUCUUUAUUUUUACUAUUUUCUACAUUGUAGAAUAAUAGUGAAGACAUCAAAAACUAUGAAAUAACACACGGAAUCAUGUAGUAACCAAAAAAGUGUUAAACAAAUAAAAAUAUAUUUUAUAUUUUAGAUUCUUCAAAUAGCCACCCUUUGCCUUGAUGACAGCUUUGCACACUCUUGGCAUUCUCUCAACCAGCUUCAUCUGGAAUGCUUUUCCAACAGUCUUGAAGGAGUUCCCACAUAUGCUGAGCACUUGUUGACUGCUUUUCCUUCACUCUGCGGUCCAACUCAUCCCAAACCAUCUCAAUUUGGUUGAGGUCGAAGGAUUGUGGAGGCCAGGUCAUCUGAUGCAGCAUUCCAUCACUCAAGAAAAACCCUUGAAUGAGUAGGUGUUCUAAAACUUUUGACCGGUAGUGUGUAUAUAUAUAUAUAUAUAUAUAAUUUAUUUUUUAUUUUUUAAUUAAUUUUCAUUGUUGGACAUAAGACUGUAAAAACACCAGGAAAUGAGCUGCAAGUGAUUUUAAUUUAAGAAAUCUGGUCAGAGUAUUCCCACCCAUAAUAGAGACGUGAUCAUAUACAAAUGUAAGCAAGGUUUGAAAUGAUUAUGUUUUAGUCAAACAUUAUAUCUGUUUGGGAUUCAUGAGUCAAUUUGCGGUCUACAAAUUAUUUGUAAUUAUAAACUGGGUCGUUCGAGCCCUGAAUGCUGAUUGGCUGACAGCCGUGGUAUAUCAGACUGUAUACCACGGGUAUGACAAAACAUUUGUUUUUACUGCUCUAAUUACGUUGGUAACCAGUUUAUAAUAGCAAUAAGGCACCUCCGAGGUUUGUGGUAUAUGGCCAAUAUCCCACAGCUAAGGGCUGUAUCCAGGCACUCCGCGUUGCGUCGUGCAAAAGAACAGCCCUUAGCCGUGGUAUAUUGGCCAUAUACCACACCCCCUCUGGCCUUAUUGCUUAAUUAUGUUCCGGACCCCCGACCAUCCGCUCAAGAAAACAAAUCGACCCACGGCUGAAUCUAGUUGAUGAUCCCUGCCUGCAGGCUUUAGGUAAAGUGUUACCAUCAUACACUCAUACAGGGAAAACAGUGAAAGAAAGAGAGCAAAAGAGAGGGAGAGAAUGAUGAAAGGGGGGACUGUGUUGUGUGUUCGUCCAGAGACUUGAUGCUGUUGAAGUCAGGAAGCUGGUCAAAGAAGAUCGAAGUGGCGAAAGCCUCCAAAGGAGAGGAGAUAAACGUGAAUCUGGUCAGCUCAGAAUACGGUCAGGCGGCUAACUAUCAUGACAUUUUUCUCUCACUUUUAGUAUAGAUUUGUGUUAAAAUAUAUUUGUACAAACUACUUCAAACUUGUAAAAGGCAGUUUAAGUCGAGUGGAAUUGUUUGAGUGAGAUUUAUGAAAAGUAAGAAUAUAUUCUAUUAACUACAUUGAGAUCUUCCUCUCUUCAGUGGGGUUGGACAUUCAACAGAAGUUUAGUGCCUUCUUCUCUGGACCGAAGAGGUACGGAGCUGAAUCACUCACACCUGAGCAACAUAACACCGUGCAGCGAGCACAGGCUAACACUCAGAGAUCACAGGGUGCAACACAGAGAACACAGCCAACAGAUCAGCAAACACAGAAGAGAAACUCAUCAUCCACAUGUGCCACAGAAAAGGGUAGGCUGAUUUAAUACCUUACAUUAGUAUGCUUUGAGCUAUUGCUAAGUUGUACUUGCAGACUCACAGGACUGUUGUUGUUUUUUAACCCAACUUCCAUAAUCUUUUUUUCCUCACUGAAAUACAGGUUCCUCACAACCAGAUCCAGGCAAAAAACAAUGUAACCACUUCUGCAAAAACAAGGAUCAAUGUGGCCACGACUGCUGUGAGUCGAGUUUUUGUCUCCAUUCCAUUGCUCAAUUGACACUUAGAAUCAUUGAAAUUGUUGAUUCACAAAUGAUUACAUUGUAUUUUCAAUGUCCUCCUAUCUAUGUUUCCCAGGUAAAAAUGGAGUGCCGGGGGUUCUGAAAAGGCAGAUGAAUCAGCAUUCGAGUUUCUCCUCCUACCUCCAAGACCUGAAGACCAGGAGUGACUCACUGACGGAGACACCAGUCAAACGCCUCAAGGUGGGGAGAACAACUGACAACAGCUGCAGAAGUCCUUUAAAAUAUAACCCCUUUGGGCUAAAUUCUAAUUUGAGAGAGAGAGUGAGAGGCUGAGACAAAAUACUUAUUCAUACUUUCACAUAAAUCAGGCAUUGAAGUCAAAGAUGAGUGACACGUGUUUCAGGAUCAUUUGCUGAUUUAUCAUCAACUAACUGAACAAGGAACUUUGACCUGAAUUAGUGUUUCAUCUGCCUGUUGCUGGUUCCUUUAGAUGAGAAUGAGUGGUGGGAUGGGAGCUGCGAACAUGCAGCAGUUCUCUUAUUCACCUAAGCCGAUCCUACCUGCUUCUUCCAGGUAUGUACACUCCUUUACCCAAAACAUAGAUGCAGUUAAUCAGCUUGGAGUUAAUUGAUUACUAAUCCAAACUGUAUCCAACACAUUCCUCAUCUUUUCUUAACUUUCUUUGAAGGUAUGAAGGUAAUGGCGCUUCAGCAGGACCACAGAGUGUGGAUUCAGCUGAGGACUUUGCAACACCCCAAGAGAUGGCUUAUGUUGUGACCUAUGGCCAUGGUAUGUUUAGUAUCGGAAUGCUUCUAGAGGUUUCUAACUUCAUUCACCUUCAAUACAGCAGUGUUGUAGAGAAAUGGUAGUUAAUGGACACUUGAGAAGAGUAACUGAACAUAUGUGUCUCUCGACAGAGUAUAAUGACUACCUGGAAGACAUGUAUCAGACAAUGGGAGAAGUGGAACCACCACCUGUUCAACUUCAAACCCUUACGGAGUCACAAAGUAGGACAUCUCAGUUACAAAAAAAAACUAUGUCAAACUGUUUUUUUUUUGGUUGUUGUAACAAUUCUACGAAAUAGACCUAUUGUAGAUUCAAUACAAUUUACACACAAAUGUACUGCAAACAGACAAUAACGUGUUCUCAUAAUCUCACCAUAACCAAUCCAUAUUUCUGUUUUAAGGCACUUCAAUGUGGAGGAAGCCCAAUGCCUAUGAUGGAAGAUCCCUCAGCCACAGUACCCCCCAAAGCCAGAGCAGGAGUUACCCUCAGAGUCACAGCAUCCCCCAAAGCCAGAGCAGGAGUUACCCUCAGAGUCACAGCACCCCCCAAAGCCAGAGCAGGAGUUACUCUCAGAGUCACAGCACCCCCCAGAGCAGGAGUUACCCUCAGAGUCACAGCACCCCCCAGAGCAGGAUUUACCCUCAGAGUUACAGCACCCCCCAGAGCAGGAGUUACCCUCAGAGUCACAGCACCCCCCAGAGCAGGAGUUACCCUCAGAGUCACAGCACCCCCCAGAGCAUGGGUUACCCUCAGAGUUACAGCACCCCCCAAAGUCAGAGCAGGUCUUUCCCUCCGAGUCCCAUUGUAGACUUGACCGACGACAGUGGUUUCUUCUCAUCGUCACUCACCCCCAGCGUGACCUUUGACCUGGGAGACGAGUGGGACGAUUUUGACGACAACUUGGUGCACUCCAACGAGAAGUCAUGCACCACUGUAGCUAAAACUAAAGGGUUGGACCUGGACAUUGAUAGGCCAAAAGGUAUUCUAACAGGGAGCAGUUUUUGAACAUAUCAAUGUUAAAAAUUUCAUUUUGGUCAUGUAAAUUAUUGAAUAGUUAAAUGUAUUGAUGUUUACAGGCCACUCCACACCACUACCAUCCACUUGCUUACAGCCCAAACCCCGCUUCACUAUGUCCAGUACCCCACUCAGGUGAGCUCAGCUCGUAACAAACUAGGAAUUCACAGUUCCACACGGUAUCAAACCCCUGUCAUUUCACUGAAUGAAAUAUCUAUGAUCUAUUCCAGCGGGCAAAACUGGUUUCUGGUUGAAGAGACGUCAGUAGGAAGGAACUUGGUACUGUUGCAAAAAUACGUGACAAAUGUGACCCUGAGCAAUUGAUUAUCAAUGUUAUGUAAUGAUUUGUGUGUCUCAGGUCGACCUCCCCAGAUGUUUCUCAGAUACCAGUUACUACUUUCCCAGUCAGACCACACAACCGCCAGGCUUCUGAUAGCUGGAGCCACCCUGACAACAAGACCACAGUGAGUUAUUAUCUAAACAUAGUAUCAGUUGACUUUAUCUCAAUGCUGGAUCUGAGGUCAAAAUGAAAUUGACAACAGACAAAGCCAAGGCUUCUGUUAUGAUAUAUGAUACAGUUUAUUAGGUACACCACCCCGUUCACGAAAAUGGUUUGCUCCUACAGACAGUGAAUCACGUGGCCAUGGCUUGCUAUAUAAAGCAGGCAGACAGGCAUCAAGGCAUUCAGUUACUGUUCGAUUGAACGUUAGAGUGGGCAAAACGAGUGACCUAAGCGACUUUGAGCGUGGUAGGAUUGUCCGUGCCAGGCGUGCUGGUUACAGUAUCUCAGAAACGGCCAGCCACCUGGGCUUUUCACACACGACUGUGUCUAGGGUUUACCGAUAAUGGUGCGACAAACAUAAAACAUCCAGUCAGCGGCAGUCCUGUAGGUGAAAACAGCUUGUUGAUGAGAGAGGUCAAAGUAGAAUGGCAAGAAUCAGGCAAAUAACGGCGCAGUACAACAGUGGUGUGCAGAACGGCAUCUCGGAACUCACAACUCAGCGGUCCUUGUCACGGAUGGGCUAUUGCAGCAGACGACCACACCGGGUUCCACUCCUAUCAGCUAAAAACAAGAAGAAGCGGCUCCAGUGGGCACAUGAUCACCAACACUGGACAAUUGAAGAGUGGAAAAACAUUGCCUGGUCCGACGUAUCCCGGUUCUUGUUGCGUCGUGCUGAUGCCAGAGUCAGGAUUUGGUGUAAGCAGCAUGAGUCCAUGGCCCCAUCCUGCCUGGUGUCAACGGUACAGGCUGGUUGUGGUGGUGUAAUAGUGUGGGGAAUGUUUUCCUGGCACACCUUCGGUCCCUUGAUACCAAUUGAGCAACGUUUGAACGCCACACCUUGUAGAAUCCAAGCCCCAAAGAAUUCAGGCUCUUCUGGAAGCAAAGGGGGUCCGACCCAGUACUAGAUGGGUGUACCUAAUAAACUGGCCACUGAGUGUAGAAUGAAAAGUUACCUUUUAUCACGCAAUUCACAUGCUUUGAAAUCAAGGGGAUAGCAAUGUUCGGUUUUGGGUUUAGCAGCCCAUUUGUUUCAGUACACGUUUGAAAAGUAAUCUGAAACACACAUCUUUCCCCUCUGCAGAGGACAUUCAGUGAACCCCCCGUGAAUGCACCACCCUCCUUCCCAAAACAGACUGACACAAGCUUGCCCCCCCUGGGAGAACGGUUUGAUUUAUUCUCAAAGACGACUACCCCAAACAAUGACAAUGUGACUGGCAAAAGGUAAGGAGGGACUAUAGAGAAAUUAUACUUUGUUUUCUUAACUUUGUUCAUCCAUACUAAUUGAAAUCAUGAUUAUGAAUUAACUUGAUAUCAUUGCAGGCUCCAUGGAGAGGAUUACAGCAAGGAAGUGGAGGCAUUCAUGGGGAUAUUUGAUGGACUAUUUUAG